AGACAAGAUUUAUUCGAAAAUUUUAAAUAUGAAGACACGUAACGCUGAUUAUAUUGCAAUAAAUGCAGCAACCAAGUAGAUUUUUAAAGUUUUUAACGUCGACGUUGUUAGAACCGUGUUUUAGCACUGAAGGAAGUGCAAAAGUGAAUUAGAAAACCAUGUCAGACAGUUCUGACGACGAAUUAAAUAGCAGCGAUGAUCACGAGAAAACGUCGUGGAUAUUGUAUAAAGACCGCGUUGAGUGGAAUGACGUAACUCCUAUACCCCAGGAUGAUGGUCCUCAUCCUGUCGUAUCCAUUGCAUAUUCCGAAAAAUUUAAGGAUGCCUAUGAUUAUUUUCGUGCCAUUUUAAAGUCAAGUGAAAAGUCAGAACGUGCAUUAGCUUUGACGGAAACCUGUAUAUGGCUUAAUCCAGCCAAUUAUACUGUAUGGCAAUACAGAAGAGAGAUACUUAAAACUCUGGCAAAAAACUUACAUGAAGAACUAAAAUAUGCAGAUCGAAUGAUAAAGUAUAAUUCUAAAAAUUAUCAAGUUUGGCAUCAUAGGAAGGUCAUUGUAGAAUGGUUGCAAGAUCCUAAUGAAGAAUUAGCAUUCAUAGAAACUGUUUUAUGUAAAGACGCAAAGAAUUAUCAUGCUUGGCAACAUCGUCAAUGGUGUAUACAAACUUUUAAUUUAUAUGAUAAGGAAUUGGAAUAUGUGGAACAGUUGUUAAAUGACGAUGUCCGUAAUAAUUCUGCUUGGAACCAGCGCUAUUUUGUUAUAAGUAAUACAACAAAGUUUGAGCAAGAAGUGAUAGAUAGGGAAGUUGAUUUUACAUUGGAGAAGAUUGAGUUGGAAAAAGGAAAUGAGAGUGCUUGGAACUAUUUAAGAGGAAUAUUAUCACAUCAUAGCAAAGGUUUAGGUUAUAAUGAGAAAGUAAGACAUAAAUGUGAAGAAAUGUAUAAAGAAGGAUGCCGCACUAAUCAUUUAUUGGCCUGUAUGAUUGAUAUUUGCCAAGAAAGAUGUCCAUCAGACGAAACCCCAUCUCCUCUGUUUCAUAUUAAUUUUGCAUACGAGCUGUGCAAGGAUUUAUCGAAAAAAUAUGACACAAUAAGAUGGCGAUAUUGGGAUUAUGUGGCUAGCCAGCUAGCGAUAAAAUUGAAAACAGAAUCUUCAGAUUAAGAACUAAAGCGAUUUCUAUAGUGUGAAUUCUAAAAAAAAUUUAGAUAAUAUUUUAUAUAUCAAUCUACAUGAUUGAUAUAUUUUGGCCUCUUUUGCC